AGGCUCCGAUUUUUGGGCCGCGACGGCGCCGUCGUGCCGCUUUUCGGAGAUUCGCCCACGCCAGGUAUGGAUGGGACGACCAUCGUGAUCCUUCUUUUCGUGAUGCUCUGCGUUGGUGGAGUUGGUGCAUACGUGUACUAUGUCAACAUGAAGAUGGAAGAGGCUGGCAUGGGCCAAAAGAACAUCUCCGGAAAGAAGAAGAUCCGAAAGAAGGAUAAGACGUCAUGGUCCAUUAAUGGCUGAGCACACACACCCGUUUCGGCUCACCCCCAAAA